AUGACCAUCAGGCUGGUGACCUUUGAUGCAUUGCACACGCUCGUAACGCCCAGGUUACCAAUUUAUACCCAGUAUUCACAGACAUUUGCACCAUAUCUUGGUGUACUUGAGCCAGUGCUACUCAAACAGUCUUUUAAAGUUGCGCUGUCACAGGUACAAAAAGAAAACCCCACGUAUCAGGGGGAUUCUGGCGCUGAAGGAUGGUGGUCUGAAGUGAUCAAGCGGACAGCCAUCGGAGCUGGUGCCGACCCACAAGCCGUAGACUCAUCAUUGCCGCAAAUCGUUCCCAGUCUUAUGGAAAGAUUCAGUUCUCGACAGGGAUACAAACUCUUCCACGACUCCCUCCCUGUACUGAGGCGACUGCAUCAAAUGAAGAUUCGUACAGCGUUGAUUAGCAACACGGACACGCGUAUGCUAUCUGUGUUGAGGGAUCUUGAAAUUGCUCCGUAUCUCGGUUCGAUCCUUCUCAGCGAGGCUGUGGGAAUAGAGAAACCGAAUGCCAAAAUAUUUCGUCUUGCGUUCAGCAUGCGGUCUGAGUUAGUCCCGAUGGAAAUGCAGGGCGGUGUUCACGUAGGAGAUGAACUUGAAAGUGAUUAUCAUGGCGCUCGGGCUGCUGGAAUGCAUGCCCUGCUGUUGCGCAGGGCCGGUCCAGAAGGUGAUGGUGAACACAAGGAGGAGGGUGAAAAUCUCCAAGGUGUACAGGUAGUGAACGACCUGUGGGGGGUGGUAAAGUGGGUAGAACGGCAAACCACUUGA